AUGAAGGUCAAAUUGUACGCAGACAACCUGCCCGGUGCCGCCGAGGUUGUCACUUUACAGACUGCGGUCGCCCUUCCUGACCGUCACAUCGACGACGACACUCCCAUGAAAAUCGAUGUCGAAGAGACCAACCGCAAGUACGCCUCGGCCUCUCCGAACCCUUCUGCGCUUAAGCGUCUUGCUCCCAAUUCCGAGGACUCGUGUUCCAAUUCGGAAGGGACAACUUCGCUUCCCUCGACCGAGCCUUCCACCACGCCAGAUGAGGUUGGAAGCAGCAGUGGUGGCUCAGGCUCUGGUCGCGGUAUCCGCCAUGGAAAAAAGCGCCCCCGGUUCGGAUCAGCCGAAGUCUCAUUCAACCCCCGCGACCGUUCGCGUUCCCGUCACACCCAGGUGCCUCACCCUUUGGGCAUCAAGCCACUCGGAAACGCCUUUCUCGCUGAUCGCAACGACCGCGCUUCUUCACUUGGUCUCUUCGCUCGUUUUGAGGACGACUUCCUGCUCGCCUUCCUCUCCGGCUUUGCCGAGGAUCCUGCUACAAUUGCCAAGCUAGAGGCCGUCAGCCAUGGAUUUUACGCUUUCAUCAACGCGACCAACUCGAUCUGGCGUGAAGCUUUCCUGCUCAGUUUCAAUGGCAAGAUGAAGCGAUGGUGCGGAAGCUGGAAACGCACCUUCGUGUGGCAUUAUAAGAUGGACCGGGCUGCUCUCGACGAAAAGAUCAAGGAUUCUACCGAUGGCGCUCAAUUUGCCCUACUCGACCCGCCCACUCCUCGCACUCAGUCGCCCUACAUCUUCUCGGACACUCUCUACCAUCCCUUCCGUCUUGCUAUGGCCCCACUCGAGCAUCUUGUUGCUCCAGCCUGCCGCGUCUAUACCGCCAUCGCAAAGAUAGAUCUCGCCGAACCAGGAUCGGUCGCCGCUUUCAAGGACAAGUUUGCCUACACCAACACGCCUGCCAUUGUUCAGAACGCGAUGCCUCCCAAGGACUGGCCUUGCCGCGAAUGGACGCUCGACAAGCUGGCGCAGCGAUGGCCGGAUCGCUUUUUCCAAUGCGAGGCGGAGCGAUCGCGACUGCCCUCCUACUUCAGCUACUCGCGCAAUAUGCAGCACCUUCAGGAGCAGACGUGGCAGCGCUUGGUCGAGGAAGACGUCUCAGAGAUUCAAGAAGAGGCUCAAAGACGUUCCUCCUCCGCGUCUGCAACCGGGUCCGGAACCCCUUCGGAAGAGAGCGGGCCUCGCGACUUGUCGGCGCCGGCACUCGUAGAUACUCCGUACACCGUCUCGCGUGUCGGCCCUCACAUGUUUUCGGCCACCGCCGACGAAGGAGAUUCGACUUUUGACCCCUACGCCGUUCCGGACGAGUCGCCUUUCUAUUUGUUCGAUGCCUCGUUCGCUGAUGAUCCACACGCCUCCUUGGAGUGGCGCGUACCCAAGUUCUUCCAGCAGAUCUCGUCGACGCCAGCAGACGCCGCCUCGCAGUACGACAUGUCGGCGGUGCGAUCGGAUCUGUUCUCGCUGCUAGGACUUUUGCGACCCGACCACCGCUGGAUCAUUGCCGGUCCUGCCCGUAGCGGCAGUGGCUGGCAUAAGGAUCCGAACGGCACCUCGGCCUGGAACGCCGUGCUCAACGGUCGAAAGGCGUGGAUGAUGCUUCCGCCCCACAUCACGCCGCCAGGCGUCUACGUGAGCGAAGACGAGGCCGAAGUGACUGCCCCAUUGAGCAUCGCUGAAUGGCUGCUCGAGUUCGCACAAGAAACCCGUCGCUUGUACGGGCCCGAAGCUGCUCGACCCGAAGAUCGUCUGCUGCUGGAAGGCGUUUGCGAGGAAGGCGAGGUGCUGUACGUCCCCAGCGGAUGGUGGCAUCUCGUCAUCAACCUGGAAGAGUCGGUGGCUCUGACUCAGAACUUCGUCUCGCCCGCCGAACUCGGCAUCGUCUUGGACUUCAUGAAGAACAAGUCGGACCAACUGUCUGGCUUCAAGCGAAGUCAGCAAAUGCACGACGGCGACGCCGCAACCGUGGCACUCGCGCCAGGGCGACAGGCCGCUUCGUUAUCGUCGGCCAUCACCAGACAUCCGGCGGACGAUGAUGAGGACGAAUGUGACGGGGCAGGAUUCAACGUCUUUGAAUUAUUCUGCGAUCGUCUCGGCAGAUUCGACCGCGACUUGCUCGACAGCAGCCUCAAGCAAGUCGAACAACUGGAAGAAACCCGUCGUACCACUUGUGCGCUCCUGCGUCGUACCGCCCCAGCGCCCGUGGCGGCCAAAGCGAGAAAAGCCAAUGCCGGUCCGAGCUGGUGGGAGAAGCUCAAGCAUGGCGAGACUUCCGCCGCUCCUGACGAAGCGGACAACGCCAGCUCAGCUGCCCACGCGACCAACCCCACAGCGGCAGCGGAAAGCUUCUCAUUCUCAAACCAACUCACAACGUCCGAGCUCGAACUCGAAGAUGUGCCUUGGUAG